GUUCAAUCGAAAAGAACGGACAAAAAUAAAACGUAAACCGGAAUUUUCGGCAGAUAUUGUAUUGUGUAGUAACGAUUGGCCCUAUACUGCAACAGUUCAAGAUAGUAAUUCAAUGAUAAAUGAUGAUUUGUUAUACGGGUCCAUUGAUAAUAAUUUUGUAAAGCAUAAAGUUAUUCGGGUCACUCCUAAUUCAUUAAGAAGGCAUCCAUUUCUUUCUAAUAAAUUAUCAACAAAUUCGAUGAGAAAUUCACCAUUGCAAUCCGCAACGUUAUUUCGACUUCGUGAAUCAUCGGAUGGUUAUUGUACUAUUGGAAAAUUAUAUGAAGAAAUUCCGGGAAAUAGAAUUUUCAAUGUUGCACAACCGGAAAAUUCCGUAGCAUACAAAUCGAGGCGAGAACUACUCUAUGAUAUAUCAUCAGUGCGAAGGCCGCCACCAACGUGUCGUCCACCGCCACCACCCAUUCAGGAUUCUCCGCUUAGUUUAAAUUCAUCCGGAAGCUCAAUGGAAAAGGAGCAUGAUGUAAUGCAUGCCGUUUCAUCUUCAAAACGUUCAACUGAUGAUGAAAAAUCUCGAAAUUCCGGUAAUUCAGGUGAUAAUGGCCAUGAAAGUGGUUAUGGUACUGCACCAAGUCGAUCAUGGAAUAGUCCGAUGAUUAUGCAACAGAAAAGACGAAUUUCAUUGAGGGAAUCAGAGGAUGCAUUUCGUCGUCAGACACCGUUAGCUGUUUAUGCUCAUCGCAGUAAUGCUCAUCCAAUGACUUACGUUUAA